AUGAACUCCACCACAAUCAAGCAGGAGAGACAGGACGCCGGCUGGCCAGACGAAUGCCAUAUCGCCGUGGUGGGAGCAACUGGGGCGGGCAAAAGCUCCUUCGUGAAUGCCUUGAGGGGAAUUCGAAACGGGCACCCCGGUGCUGCUCCAGUAGGUACAUCCGGGACAACUCGGGAGGUGCACCGAUACCUAGGGUAUAAUAGCGACGACUUUUGGAUCCAUGAUGUCCAUGGGGUUGGUACCGAAUCGGUGGAGGCGGCAGGAUACUUCAGCGCUUACAAUCUACGCUUAUAUGAUUGCGUUUUGGUGGUCUAUUCGGACCAGCGUCGAGCGGUCGAUUUGCGAAUUCUCGAGGCCUGUGACUAUCGCCACGUGCCGGUCUGUCUGGUUCGAACCCAGUCCGACCAGAGCAUUCGCAACAUUGUGUAUAAUUACGGCAUGGCCUUGGCCGAUGCAAUGGAGAUUCUCAUCGAAGACAUCCUUGGAGACAUUAAUAGUGCUUUCCAUGCAGCCGAACUUCCCGACAAAUUGCAACAAUCUGUGUUUCUGGUCAAGAAGAAUGGACUGUACAGCUCUGUCACUGGUUGUGGGGGUGGGAAAUAUGGCAUCAACGAGCAAUAUCUUGUGAAAAAGCUGAGUUCUGUAAAUCGCUGA